AGAGACCGGUAGGGACAGACCUACCGUGACAGUCAUCGGUGGAUGGUAGACUGUCUUCUGUUUACUGCAUGUCUUUCGAGGAAGUGCAUUUUGAAAUGCCAUUCCGGAGUGUUUAGCAGAUAAAGAAGAGGAGCCAGAGAUCCAGUUCCUUAUGGCUGUGUAUGAUGAGAACCUCCAGAAGAAUCCUUUUUACCUGGCGCUGGAGAAGCAGAGGCCUGACCUGUGCAGCAGAGUUGCAGAGCUACAUGGCAUUAUUUUAGUGCCGUGUCGUGGAAGUCUAACACUUGGUACAUACACAGCAGCCCAGUUUGAAACCUACGUGUUACAGCCCUCUGGAGGAGGAUAUCAGACUGUGGAUGGGAAGGAGCUGACCAUCAAGGACAGCCAGGUGAGGCUUGGCGCGGGGUUUCAGGCCCCGGCCAACGUAACCAUUUUGUUUGAAGAGACCUUCUACAAUGAGAAGGAGCAGAGCUACAGCGUCCUCUGUAUUGCCCGGCCUAUCGAUGCAGACCAAAGCCCAGUGGAGGCGAGCCCCAGCCCGGCCCCGUACUGUCUGAAGAAUGUGGAGGACGUCCGGGAGUUCCUGGGCCGCCACGCCGAGAAACUGGACAAGUUCGUCAGCAGCUUCUGCCACUCCUUUAAAGAGCAGGAGAGGAAGGGACUGCGCCACCACAUCGACUCAGUGAAUGCCCUCUAUACAAAAUGUCUUCAGUGCUUGUUGAGAGACUCCAGACUGAAAGUGCUGGCCAAACAGGAGCUCCAGAUGACUCUCCUCAAACAGGCUGUGGAGAUGUAUAUCCAUCAUGGUAUCCAUGACUUAAUCUUUAACUUUGUGGGAUCACUUGAAGCCAGCCAGGAUGCUGCCUUCAACAAAACAACCAGAGGUCUGCAGGAUCUUCAGCAGAAGGACCUGGGGGUCAAAUCUGAAUUCAGUAUAAAUAUCCCCCGGGCUAAGAGAGAGCUCAGCCAGUUGAACCGCUGCACCUCCCCUCUACACAAAUUGUUGUGCCUCAGGAAGGUAGCUCUCAUCAUAAUGCAGUCUCCCAGCCACACAGUGAGCAUAGAGGCUGUAUGUGCUGACGACCUGCUGUCUGUGAUUCUGUACUUACUUGUGAAGACUGAAAUCCCAAAUUGGAUGGCCAACCUGAGUUACAUCAAGAACUUCCAUUUCUGUAACUCCACCAAGGACGAGUUGAGCUACUGCCUGACAUCAUUUGAGGCCGCCAUAGAGUUCAUCAGCCAAGGCAACCUCAACCUGAGUCCGGGACGCAUGGGCUCAGGGGAUCUGAACGACAAGGUGCGUUUCACUCAAAAGCUGAACCUGCUGUCCCAGAACGCUGCUACCCCCAUAGACUGUCUGUUUCAGCACAUUGCCGAUGGGAAUGAAGCCGAAGUCCAGCGAAUGUUGAGUGAGAACGAGAGUGACGAGGACGAGAUCAAAAUGUGUCACCCACUCUGCUCCUGUGACCACUGUGAGCUCAGGGUCUCUGGAAGACUGAAUGAUCCAUCUAUUGUGACUCCCUUCUCCCGAGACGAUAGAGGCUACACGCCCCUUCAUGUCGCUGCUAUCUGUGGUCAUUCCCUGUUGAUCGACCUGUUGGUGUCUAAGGGAGCUCUGGUCAACGCCACAGACUACCAUGCCCUGUCACCCCUACACCUCUCCUGUCAGAAGGGCUACCAGGGAGUCACGCUGCUCCUCCUGCACUACAAGGCCAACACCGAUGCCCAGGACAACAAUGGCAACACCGCGCUGCACCUCGCCUGUAUGUACGGACACGAGGAUUGUGUUAAGGCGCUGGUGUACUACGACCUGCAUACGUGCCGCCUGAACAUCCAGAACGACAAGGGGGACACCCCGCUGCACAUCGCGGCCCGAUGGGGCUACGAGGGCAUCAUGGAGGUGCUGCUGGAGAACGGAGCCAGCACCGCCGUCUACAACAAGGCCAAAGACUCUCCACUGCAGUGCGCCCUCAACUCUAAGAUUCUGAUGCUACUGGAGACACACAACAGCUCUUGCAAAAGAGAGAGCAGUGAUUCCCCAAACCGCUCCCCCCAGGGGUCGCACGGCAGCAGUCGCCGUUCCUCCGUCUCCAGUACCACCUCCCAGGGCUCUGAGGCCAAGCCGGACUGCGACAGGGUCCGACACAAAGAGGUGGAGAAGCUGCUGCGCGCGGUUGCGGACGGAGACGUGGAGAUGGUCCGGUACCUGCUGGAGUGGUUGGACGAGGAACCCGAAGAGGAGGGUGCCCGGGCGCCGUCCUGGACUGAGCUCUGCCACCCGCUGUGCCAGUGUCCACAGUGUGGGCCAACACAGAAGAAGUUGUCCUGCCUGCAGGCCAGCGGUCUGGGUGUGAACAGCAGCAGUGCGGAUGGCUUCACUCCCCUCCACGUGGCAGCGCUUCACGGCCACACGGCGCUGGUGUCCCUGCUCAGCCGCCACGGGGCCAACGUAAACGCACGCAACUGCCUGAGCGCCACUCCGCUGCACUUGGCCAGCCAGAACAGGCACAUACAGGUGGUGGCGUCACUGCUGGAGUGCAACGCCAAGCUGAACAAAAAGGAUCACUACGGAAACACCCCUCUGAUCCACGCUUGCCUCCGAGGUCAUCUGGACACAGCCGAGAUCCUGCUGCAGAGCAAUGCUUCAGUAAACCUGGCAAACAACCAGGGGAACACGGCCCUGCACGAAGCUGUGAGGGGAGGACACCUGGCCCUGGUGGAGCUGCUCCUGCAGGCCGGGGCCCAGGUCCACAUCAGGAACAAGAGACAGAGGACAGCCCUGGACUGUGCAACGGAGACCGGGGGCAAGAACACUGAGAUCCUGAGGAGUCUUCAGAAGGCAUCUGGACUGUCCCCUGAUGCUGAACCAAUCAAAAUGCUCUCUGUGCCCAAGGGGGCUCUGGGUAAGAGAGCCAGUAUUUCCACCAGCCACUGUUUUUCCUUGACCACCUACCUGCUAGAGCGUGAAGCCCACUCCUUUGUCCAGAGACUAAAGCCCCAACGAGAUACAAACGGCAGGCGUCAGAAGCUGGCCCAGUCCAUAAACAGAGUCCAGCAGAUGAAGAAGGGUCUUCCCAGAGACUCCAGUGUGCCGUCAGUUAACUCCCCCACCUCAGAUAGAAGAAGGCUGAGGCGGGGGGAGACCCUGGGGAGCAGUGGGCCGUUCAGCAUCAGCUCCAGCCCAGAGGGAAGCCCCCUUCCUGGGGCCCCACGGGACAAGGAACGGACCCUGAGCCGGAGUUACACCGUGGAUACGGAGCACCUUUCUUCCCCUCAGUGGGGCCAGGGCCAAAGACAGGCAGAGGUACGGGAGGACACACAGGUAGUCAAAGAGUCUUCACACAUAGACGCUUCAGCUGAGCCUGUAUAUACACACACUGACGUACACGCCCCUGACGCCUCUAAUACACACUCCUCUGACGUCCACGCCCCUGACGCCUCUAAUACACACUCCUCUGACGUCCACGCCCCUGACGCCUCUAAUACACACUCCUCUGACGUCCACGCCCCUGACGCCUCUAAUACACACUCCUCUGACGUCCACGCCCCUGACGCCUCUAAUACACACUCCUCUGACGUCCACGCCCCUGACGCCUCUGAUACACACUCCUCUGACGUCCACGCCCCUGACGCCUCUGAUACACACUCCUCUGACGUCCACGCCCCUGACGCCUCUAAUACACACUCCUCUGACGUCCACGCCCCUGACGCCUCUAAUACACACUCCUCUGACGUCCACGCCCCUGACGCCUCUAAUACACACCCCUCUGACGUCCACGCCCCUGACGCUUCUAAUACACACUCCUCUGACGUCCCCGCCCCUGACGCCUCUAAUACACACUCCUCUGACGUCCCCGCCCCUGACGCCUCUAAUACACACUCCUCUGACGUACACGCCCCUGACGCCUCUAAUACACACUCCUCUGACGUACACGCCCCUGACCUCUCUAAUACACACUCCUCUGACGUACACGCCCCUGACCUCUCUAAUACACACCCCUCUGACGUACACGCCCCUGACCUCUCUAAUACACACUCCUCUGACGUACACGCCCCUGACCUCUGUAAUACACACCCCUCUGACGUACACGCCCCUGACGCCUCUAAUACACCCCCCCCUGCCCCCUCUAAUACACGCCCCUCUGACGUACACGCCCCUGACCUCUGUAAUACACGCCCCUCUGACGUACACGCCCCUGACCUCUGUAAUACACGCCCCUCUGACGUACACGCCCCUGACCUCUCUAAUACACACUCCUCUGACGUACACGCCCCUGACGCCUCUAAUACACACCCCUCUGACGUACACGCCCCUGACGCCUCUAAUACACACCCCUCUGACGUACACGCCCCUGACCUCUCUAAUACACACUCCUCUGACGUACACGCCCCUGACCUCUCUAAUACACACUCCUCUGACGUACACGCCCCUGACCUCUCUAAUACACACUCCUCUGACGUACACGCCCCUGACGCCUCUAAUACACACACCUCUGACGUACACGCCCCUGACCUCUGUAAUACACGCCCCUCUGACGUACACGCCCCUGCCCCCUCUAAUACACGCCCCUCUGACGUACACGCCCCUGACCUCUGUAAUACACACCCCUCUGACGUACACGCCCCUGACCUCUGUAAUACACACCCCUCUGACGUACACGCCCUUGACGCCUCUAAUACACCCCCCCCUGCCCCCUCUAAUACACGCCCCUCUGACGUACACGCCCCUGACCUCUGUAAUACACACCCCUCUGACGUACACGCCCCUGACCUCUGUAAUACACACCCCUCUGACGUACACGCCCCUGACUUCUCUAAUACACACCCCUCUGACGUACACGCCCCUGACCUCUGUAAUACACACACCUCUGACGUACACGCCCCUGACCUCUCUAAUACACACUCCUCUGACGUACACGCCCCUGACCUCUCUAAUACACACUCCUCUGACCUCUGUAAUACACGCCCCUCUGACGUACACGCCCCUGACCUCUCUAAUACACACCUCUGACGUACACGCCCCUGACCUCUGUAAUACACACCCCUCUGACGUACACGCCCCUGACCUCUGUAAUACACACCCCUCUGACGUACACGCCCCUGACGCCUCUAAUACACACAAACUUGGCGUAUGAAAUACAGGCAUCCCUGAUCACCUCCAGUAAACACACACACACCUGACAUCCCAUCAAAUACACAACCAUUGCCUAGCAGAGCAACCCAUCGCCUUUAUGCCACAUCAAUGCAGACAGUGAAUAAUCCUGAGAUGAACCAGAAGAUGUCCACCUGUCACCAGAGACGUAUGUACAGUCUGAGUUGUCCAGAGAGGCCACCCAAAGACAUAAAGGAGCAGGCAUAGGAAAUGGAGAUCCUCUGAGGAGCAGAGAAUGAGGCGCGCCACAGUCAUGGGAGAACUUGCAGGAAGUGGGUUAACAUUGAGCCUUGUGUGGCUGGUGUUCUAGUUACAGAAAGAGAACUUCAGUACUGUUGAUCUGACUGUUAUUUAAAAGCACUUUUUUUUUACUUAUUGCCUUCGCUAAAAGGGAUGCAAAACAUGUUAUUUCAUGAGAAUGUAAUUUGGUUUUAGGUUUUUACUUUGGUUUUGUUUCUCACUCUUGUAAAAGAGGAAGUACCUUGACAGAACAUUGUUGCUGUGGAGAGUGAGAUUACAGCACGUCCGUAUGGAGUUUGUCUACUUGGAAAAACCAACACUCCUCUUAUACCUAAACUGUUUUUAUAUAAAAAUUUACAAUCAGGGCUCUGUUUUCAUUUGAAACGGGGUGUUUUUUUUUAAUAACAGUCUUCAGGUUUGAAUGUAAUUUUAAUUUACUAGUUAUUCCUUUUAGAAAACCAUCCGUUGUUAUUUUUAAUCUAAAAUACAUUACCUCCCAGGUGUGGCGUUUCAGUGUCUGCACAGUGAGGCCACACUGGUAUCCCACUGAGUGUCAGAAAGUUAGACUAGUUCUCUUUAUGCCCUGUAUGUAUAGAGAUGACAGCUGUGUACAUUUAAAUAUAGUAUUGCAACUCUGUGAAUCCACAAGUAGCUGGUACUGCGGAACAAUGUUGCAUUUGAGAAUAUAAUAACGUCUGUCAAUGUUAAUUAGUCUAUCGUCCCCUUUAAUGCAUUCUGAUGUGAUGCUGCACUUCCCACAAAGGACUACAAACUGUAUUUAUCCUACAGAAAACAAUGCACCAAAAGUGUUUAUUUUGGAUUGGGUUUAGCCUCCCUCUAUGACGCUUGAUCUUAACAUGCCAAGCGAGGCCACUUAGAAACAACAGUACCUGCGCUAGUUUUACCCUCAUCUAGGACCAUUUGUUUUAAUUUCAUCAGCACUGAAAUCUAGCUUGUUUUAAAGGGCCGUUUAUUGAUAAGGUUAUUAUCCAGCAUAUGUCAACUACAUUGAAAAAAGGCUUGUCAGCAUCCAGAUGUUUUUGUUUGUGUGACUGUAUUUACAGUAGUAGUUGGAUGCAAUGUUAAUUAUUUUUGUACUGAAGUAUUUUAUUUUAAUUUUUGAUUGUUAAAUGAACCAGUGAAAGUGCCUUAUUUAAUUUGUCAAAAUAACCUGUAAUAAACCCAUGACCUAGAGUAA